AUGGCCACGUAUAUGAUUGACACGCACUGUCAUUUGGUUGAUAACAAAUUCAAGUCCGAUGUUGAUGACGUCAUCGAACGGGCCAAAUCGAGCGGUGUGAAGCAUGCUGUGGUAUGUCCAGAGUAUGCAAGUCAAUUCGACGCCGUAUUGGAAUUGCGAUCAAGACACCCCGAUUUCGUGCUGCCCGCUAUAGGGAUACAUCCUAUUCAGAAAAAGAAUAAAUCGGUCAAGUUGGAGGAUAUCGAAGGUGUGGAACAGUUCAUUUCAAAGCACCGUGAUCAGGUCUACUGCAUCGGAGAGGUACAGUAUUAA